AUGCAGAAGCUGCGGGCUCUGGGGCUGCAGCAGAAGGCAGUCCAGGAGGCGGCAGACCAGGAAGACCCGGACUUCGACGCGGCAGCGGCGCCCGCGCCGGAGGCCGCCGCGCGUGCCGCCGCCGGCGGGAGGGGCGCCGCCCAAGCCGCGCCCGCGGGCGGCUCCAAAAAACGCGUGCGCUCCAAGAGCCGGCGGUCGCCGGCGCCCGCAGCAUCACCCGCAAACGGCGCGGGCGCUGCGG